CGGAAACCUGCUGGUUUAGUAGACGAAAGCCGCUCCUUAUAAAUGUGUCAAUUCAGUUGUGCUUUUCUCAAUAAUUGCUGACGGAGAAUACAGUUAUUUGACGAGAGCAACAGAAGACAAAUCUAAUUUUUUCGGAGGUGGGAGAUGUGAGAAGACAGGACACCUGGCUCGUGCGUAAAAUGGAUAGUGCUGCGACCCUUUGAAGGACAGCUGCUGUCACAGUUGUGCUCCACCGCUGAAGAAGACAGUUGCCUGGAUUUCUAUCUCAGCAAAGUCAAAAGUGUUUACACUUUGCUUUGGGUCAUUUAAAGUGUCCACCACACCUGUUGUAGCUCAGUGCCCUCCCUCCACUCAAACAUGACAGAGAGGAGCCCAUGGUGGAAGACAUUCCUGCCAAAGUGGAAGAGUGGAAGCCCCAAGGACACCGCUUCACCCCACACCUUUGGCCCAGACUUUGACCCUUUUGCACAGAAGCAGAAAGGCCCCACCGCAGCAGCGUCCAAGGCCACCGGUGACCAGUCCGUGCCGUCUCAACAAGGGCCCAACUCCAACCUCCUCAGUGAUGAAACCUUUGACGACGCUGGGCUGGAGUCAGUCUUCAACGAGCAGACGUGUCGCAGGAAGAUGAAUGUGUCACGCUCAGGUAGAUUUAAGGAGAAGAGGAGAGUGCGCACGAGCCUUCCUAGAGAGGAGAAAGAGACAGAGAACGUGGCACCAGGGACAGAGGAUAAACGGUGAUGGUGAGGAGCAGGAGGUGAUCAAAGACUGCCUUAUGAAGAUGCUUGAAGAAAAGGAGGAGUACAUGAAGAUGCUUCAUUCCCUUGAGGCAUACCAAGAGGUCUGCUGUAUGUUGGUCAUGAUGGUGAUGAUGAAGAUGACAAGGAGUGCAGGAAUAAGGUCAUGUGGUAGAUGAUAUGAAAUGAACCAUUUUGCUAACAAUAUCCCAUAAUCAAAGCCCCAAAGAAGAGAUGCAUUAGAGGUACAGUUCGCAAUUAAGAGCCCAGUAUAGUUAAUAUACCAUAGUGUUUCAGUCACAGACUGUGUCAUUGGACAUGUCAUUAAAUUACCUACAACCUUUAAAGCACAUUCCUUGAAUGUUAUUGUCCGUCAACACUCCAGAUAAUGUGUGAUAUGCUUCAGAAAAAUAUUGUCCAUAAGAUGUUUACAUUAUUUCUGUAAUACAAAUAAUAUAUGUUCAAUAAUGAAGGAUAGUAUAAUGCUCCUUUUACAAAUGCUUUUACAAAAAAUGUUGAUUCUAAAGGGGUUAGAAGGAUGUUUAUGAAGGUGUAAAAUUCAUUAUUAUGUGUGACAAAAAUCACUUAGCAGAAGCUUACAGUCAGAUGCACAACACUUGCCAGCAAAAUGCAUAAAAUACCUACCACUGUUUGUCACAUAAUGUGUCCAAAACAAAACUGACACUGAAGUAAGAAGUUAAUGUUGUGAUAUCCAACUGAAUGAGAACGGCCAUGUAGCUAAUGAAGUAUGAUCCAGCCACUGAUGUAGUUUGCUUUGCAGGGACUACUGUAUUUUUGGACCCCCCGUGAAUAUUUAAAUGAAGGCAAA